AUGGCGAGCCUCUUUCAGAAAGCAGCUGGUGCCUUCGGCAGCCGCCCUGCCGAGCAGGUGAAGCAAAGCGAUGAGGAGGGUGAAUCACUUGUGACGAUACUGAAGACGGAAGAGGACAGGAGUGCUUUGACUAUCCUCGUCGCCGACUGCACAGAGGUCAUGCGUAACAACAUCGUCCACAUAUUUGACGCAAACCAGACUGGCAAGACCGAAGACGUCGUGGCUACCAAGUUGACCGGCGACGAUGCUCUGAGCAACCCUGAUGUCGAUCCUGGAACAGUAGAUGUUGUAGAGCAAGACAAGCAGAAGAAAGCUGUCGCUCAGCGACAGGAAAAGAUGAAGAAGGACUUGGCUCAGCGUGAGAAGGAGCUCAGUGGGCCAAAAAUGCAGGAGUUGAAGGCGGCGGCCCUGCAUUUCUUCGAUGCUUGGCGAACGAGCGUGAUCACAAGAGUUGGCGAGAUUGUAAACUCAAAGGAGACUGCGAAAGCGCAAGAACAGCAUGCUGAACCUAAAGCACAAUCUCCCGAGCGAUCAGCGAGCAGGAUACGCUAUCCCGACCCUCCACAGUACGAUCCUGGUGUCGACGCGAUGAUGAAAAAGUUGUACCCGCCUGUCAGCAAUCCUCUCACAAAAUUGCCACAAGCUCAGAAAGCGUUGAUCGUUCAUUCCAUUCUGCUACUGUUGUUAAGCUUGGAACAUUACCAAUCCUACUCACGGACACUACUGCUCUACAUGACGACCAGCCUUGGCCUCGACGUCUCAGUACUGUCGCAGGACGAGGGCAAGAUUGCUCGAGGCUUAUUGACUGCGGCAGACAAUAUGAAGGCUGAUGAAGAGACGAAGAAGAAAGCUGAAGCCAACCAGGACGGCAGAAAGUGGAAGGUUGGUCUGGCUACUGUCGCGGGAGCAGCACUGAUCGGCGUUACUGGUGGGCUUGCUGCGCCCUUGCUCGCAGCCGGUGUGGGCUCCAUGAUGGGAGGACUCGGUCUUGGCGCGACUGCUGCAGCGGGAUACCUUGGAUCUGUGGCUGGUAGUACUGUGAUUGUUGGCGGCCUAUUUGGCGCGUAUGGUGGCAAGAUGACUGGGAAGAUGAUGGAUCAGUAUGCACGUGAGGUCGAGGACUUUGGCUUUGUGCCAGUUCGCGAUCGCCACCGGCCUCGGAAGAUCGAGAAGGAGUACAGGCGGCUGCGUGUCGCCAUCGGCAUAAGUGGUUGGCUGACGAAUAAAGAUGAAGUGGUUGAGCCGUGGAAGGUGAUUGGGACAGAAAUGGAGACUUUCGCUCUUCGGUUCGAGCUUGAAGCACUGAUGAAUCUUGGCAACUCCAUGAGCACAAUGGUUACUUCUGCAGCGUGGGGUUAUGCGAAGUCGGAGAUCAUCAAGAGGACAGUCUUCGCGUCGCUUAUGGCCGGACUAUGGCCACUGGCUCUUUUGAAGGUGUCUCGCGUGAUCGACAACCCGUGGAGCGUGGCUAGCUACCGCGCGCAAAAGGCCGGUGAAGUGCUUGCAGAUGCGAUCAUCAACAAGGCUCAAGGCGAACGACCUGUGACAUUGAUCGGCUACAGCCUAGGCGCGAAGGUCAUAUAUGUCUGUCUUCAAAUACUUGCAGAGCGCAAAGCAUUUGGCCUGGUCGAAUCGGCCAUCCUUAUAGGGACUCCCUCGCCAUCCACAGCUGCAGACUGGAGACAUGUACGAUCUGUGGUUUCUGGACGAGUAGUCAAUGUCUAUAGCACGAAGGACUACAUCCUGGCAUUCUUGUACCGGAGCAGUAGCAUUCAGUAUGGUGUGGCCGGACUACAAGCCAUUGAGAACGUAAAGGGCGUUGAGAACGUGGAUGUCUCUGAUCUUGUGACUGGCCACAACAGCUAUCGAUUCUUGACGGGUACGAUCUUGCAACGUAUCGGCUUCGAAGAUGUGGACGCUGGUGUCCUUGAGAAGGAGCAGCAAGAGCUCAAAGCUGAGGAGGCUAAGGAGGAGCAGGAACGUCAAGCUUCCGAAAAAGCUGAACAGGCAAAAGCACCACCAACAGAAGCUAUGCAAAACACAAAAUUGAAUGAGGCGCCUACAGCAGUCAAAGAUGCUCUCCCGGGCUCCACCUCAUCCGAGACACAUGAAGUCAGUGAACAACACAUCAAAGACCUCGAGACAGAAAUCCAGCGCAAAAACGAGCAGUCCUACAUCGGCUGGGCACAAGAAGGCAUGAUGAGUGCAGGCACAGGCGCAGCAGUAGCGUACGAAAAAGCAAAGAUGCAGUGGAAUCUGCGCCGCCAAGGUGCCGGCGGCCGAGGUGCUGCAAGUGCGGCAGGUCAGGCCGAUGCAGCAACAAAGGACGUCAACGAUGCUGCAAAGGACACCGCUGGUGUGGAGACGUCUGGUGCAGGUAAUGUGGCGUACGAAGGCAUGAAAGCUAGGAGUCUUGCGCGAAAGGAAGUCGGUUCUUCUACGGAGACGCCGUCUGGAGCAAGUGGAGCUGCGAAGUUGCCCUGA